AUGACGUCCAAACUUAAGCUCUUUGUUGGCGGCCUGAAUCCAGAAACGACGAACGAAGGCCUCCGCGGUCAUUUCGAGCAAUGGGGCGCGCUGAGCGACUGCGUGGUGGUGAUGGACACGGCGGAGGGCCGCUCGCGCGGUUUCGGCUUCAUAACGUACACGGCGCCGGAGGAGGCCGAAGCAGCAAUGGCGUCCAAGCCACAUGUCGUUGACGGUCGCAGCGUGGACCUCAAGUGGGCCGUGGCCCGGGAGGAGGCCAGCAAGACCGAUAUGUCGUCCAACGGCAAGAAAAUCUUCGUCGGCGGUGUCAAGGACCACCUGAAGUCCGAGAACCUAAGCGAAUACUUCUCCCAGUACGGCUCGGUGGAGAAGGCCGAGAUCAUCUUCGACAAAAUGACCGGCCGGAAUCGCGGCUUCGGCUUUGUCUUCUUCGAGGAGAACGAUUCUGCCUCCAAGGCGGCGCUCACCAAGUUCCACACCAUCAUGAACACCAAGGUGGAAGUUAAGAGGGCUAUGAGCAAGCAGGAAAUGUCCGGCGGCGGUGGUGGAGGUGGUGGUAGAGGUAGAGGCGGCGGCCGCGGUCGCGGCAGAGGCAUGCAGAGCGGCGGCUACGGAGGAGGAGGAGGCGGCGGCUACGGAGGUGGCGGGUACGGAGGUGGUGGCUACGGCGGCGGCUACGGCGGUGGUGGCUACAAAUCCGGCUACGACGGCGCGGACUACGGAGCAGGCAGCUACGGAGGUGGAGGCUACGGCGGCGGCGGUGGCGGCGGCUACGGAGGGUACGACGGCGGCAUGGGUGGCGGCUAUAGCAACGGGGACUUCGGGGAGGGCUACGGACAGCAGCAAUCCGGCUACGGCGCGAUGAAAGGGGGCAACUACUCCACCUUCCGGAGCGGGGCCCCGUACAGCAGAGGUGGCUACGGCCGGGGAGGAGGCUACGGAGGCGGCUAUUAA